AUGGCGGACGAGCUGCGGAGGAAAAUGAAGGAUGACAAGAAGAGUGACGAUGCAAAACAAGGGUUUCGACGUGAAACGGCGCCGUCUCAACGUGAACGACGUCGCAAACGCUCGUCCAACUGCAAGAUCUCGGCGCCGAAGGACAAGGACGUGAAGGAUGUCGUAAAAACCGACAAUAAAGAGGAGAAGAAGGAUGACAAGAAGGAGGAGAAGAAAGAGGAGAAGAAGGAUGCUUGA